AUGCUCGCCGCUCUCCGCCCGCAGAGCUCCUCUCUGGCGCAUCCAAUACCGCCAUCGCUCCUGCCCCUCACGCGCACACUCUCCCUCGCCCUACUAGCGUACCUCACCAUCCUGCUCCCCGCGCUGCCCACGGCCCGCGCGGACUACUACAUCGACGACACCAACUCGACGCUCACGUACACCACGGGCCCGAAGACAAACGCGACGUGGGGCGCGUUCUCCGCCAACGGGCCCGUCGAGCAGAUCGGCCUGCCGAACGGGACGCUGAAGCAGAUUGUGCCUGCGUGGUGUGUUUGUUGUCUUGCGUGUUUGUUCGUUGACGGAGGUUGCGCUUCUGGUGUAGCCAAUCCCCACAUCCCGUCCUCCGAGUCGUUAACGGCCAACGCCACAGGCUCAGGCAUCCAGCUGUACGUCCUCCAAGUCGGCGCCCAAGGCAUAAACGCGUCCGCCACGAUCGACCAGACCGGGCCGACGCACAGCAGCGUCCUGCUCGCGCCGGAAGCGCCCUCGUUCCAGAAGCGCAACCAGAGCCUGUUCGACAUCCAGGGGCUCCCGUCGGAGGCGCACACGCUCGCGAUGCGCGUGCUCGAUUUCCAGGGCGCGUUCAGCGGGAUGGUGUUUGAUUAUGCGUAUGUGAGCGAGGCGAGUGUUGUGGAUGGGGGGAAUGGUGGGAAUAGGAAUGGAACGAGUUCGGGUGGAGGAUCGGGGACGGGAGAUACGGGAACGGGUGAGAGCCACGUCCCCGCCAUCGUCGGCGGCGUCAUCGGCGCGCUCGCCGUCGUCGGCUUACUCAUUGCCGCGUUCUUGAUCCUCCGUCGGCGCAGCCGCGCGCGCGAGUGCAAGCUCCAUAUAGACCCCUUCGUUGACGCCACACCCAGUGGCAGCAACGUCAACAGCAGCGCGUCCUCGCCGCUGCCGCCGUUCAUAUACGACAUCAAGCGCGAUCCGUACGAGUCUGGCAACACGAGCAGGACGACUGUGCCCUCGCGCGAGACGCUGGGUGUUCCGCACUCGGGGAUGGCGCAUGUCUCGUCGUCGUCGUCGUCUUUGCCAUAUCACGAGGGGCCGCAGGUGCUGAGGCCGGGGAGCCUUGUUGAUAUGAUGACCGCCGUCUCCGGUGAUCGGGCUGGUGGGACGCAGCAACAGCGGCGGGGCGGGGAGAAACAGAAACAGGCGCGGUCCUUGCGCGCGGGAACGACGAGCUCGUUACCUGCGCGCGCGAUACCGUCGCCGGUCUUGGCUGCUGCGCCUGCGCAGCGAACGGAGACGCAGCAACAGCAGCAGAACAGCGACGCCCUCCCCCGUCCCAGCCGUGGUCCGUGGCCAAACGAGAAACGAAGACGCCCAUCGACGGCGCCCGAGUCGCAGACCCAGACCCAGACCCAAACGCAGUUGUCGAAACGGCCACUACCGCAACCCCACCCGGCGCGCGCGUCCCACCAGCCAUCGCCGCUCGGCGCACCCCCGUCGCUGUCCCUUUCAGAUUCCUCACCCGCUUCCAUACCCCAAACCGGCAACCAGAACCAGAACCAGACCCAGACCCAGACGCAGAACCAAGACCUAACAGAAGCCCAAACCGAAUUCGUGCACGGCCUAUACGGGUGCAACGUCCCCGCGCCCGCGAUCGCGCGCGUCGGCGACUGGGUGUACGAGGCCGGCUUGGUACCCGUUGGCGGGCUCCCGCUGCAGGGACAGCUCGAGCGGCCGGGGCUGGGGCGCGUGCACAGCGGGUCGCCGCCGAGCUACGAGUAUGCGCGGCGGUAG